CGAGUACACGGCCUUUUCGUUCAUAAACCCAAAGUUUUAUACCCUACUGAUGUAUUUUGUCCCCCCUACAUCCGAAAUUUAUGGCACGGCACCUACCUAGCUCACGAAUCCUCCCCUGUCGCCCCCUCCUCACCCUGUCCAUCGAAUUCUACUCCUAGAUUCCUCCGUUCAACCCCCACCCAGUAAAAAGCGGUGGUGUGGUCCGUCAUGUGGCGUUACAGGCUAAACAAAUUGGCGGCGGGGGUUGGGAUUGGGAUUGGGGCUGGGGUUGGGAUUGGGAUUGGGGGGGCAGCUGCUUCUUCUAUCGCCGCCACUUCCUCGGACGAUCCCCCGACUACUUCGCUUAAGAUCCUCACUAUCCUUCCUCUCCGUCUCCUCCGUGAUUCCCUUACUGCCGCUGCUAUCGCCUUGGACUAUGAAUAUUCAAUGUGGGGAUUCCAGGAAGGAACAAUUGAGUGGUCUAAAGCAAAGCAUCAAGUCCAUAGCAGAUGUGCUCGUAGGAUCCAAGAGCUAUGCUUUCGCAACGGCGGAAUUUAUAUCAAGCUUGGUCAAUAUAUUAGUCAAUUGGACUACAUAGUUCCUCAGGAAUACAUACAAAUAAUGAGGGCCUCAUUGCUGAAGAGAUGUCCAGUUUCCUCGUAUGAUCAAGUGCGCCAGGUGUUCAUAAUGGAGCUUGGAAGUCCUCCCGAGGAAAUAUUCAAGGAAUUUGAUCCUGUACCUCUGGCAAGUGCUUCCAUUGCGCAAGUGCAUGCUGCUCGGACUCAUGAUGGGAAAAGAGUAGCUGUGAAGGUUCAACAUGUGCACUUGACUGAUACCGCUGCCACAGAUAUUGCUACUGUGGAUUUGAUUGUGAACUUCUUGCACUGGUGUUUCCCUGCAUUUGAUUAUAGGUGGUUAGUUGAUGAAAUACGUGAGAGUGCACCUAAGGAAUUAGAUUUCUUGUAUGAGGCUAGAAACAGCGAGAAAUGUUUGGAGAACUUUAGGAGGUUAUCUCCUCAAAUUGCAGAUGCCAUAUAUGCACCCAAGAUUUAUUGGGAUCUGAGUACAUCAAAACUUUUGACCAUGGAAUUUAUGGAUGCUGCGGAAAUAAGUGAUGUGAGUGCUAUUCAGGGAUAUGGAAUUCAACCUCUUGAGGUUUCUAAGCUAGUUAGCCAAGCUUUUGCAGAGAUGAUCUUUAGGCAUGGAUUUGUUCACUGUGACCCACAUGCUGCCAACAUGAUGGUGCGGCCUUUGCCAUCGAGAAAAGGGAACAUUUUUGGAAGGAAAAAACCACAAUUGAUACUGCUAGAUCAUGGUUUAUACAAAGAUCUUGAUUUUCAAACCAGGACGAAUUAUGCAGCCCUUUGGAAGGCUCUAGUUUUUGCUGAUGUUAAGGCAAUUAAAGAAUACAGUGUAAAGCUUGGUGCUGGUGAGGAUCUAUAUGUUUUAUUUGCUGGAAUACUUACAAUGAGGCCAUGGAACAGAAUCAUUAAUCCUUCUGUGGAUCACUUGGUUUUGGAAGGGUCAAAUGACAAUCGUUCAGAGCUGCAGAUGUAUGCUUCCCAAUAUUUUCCACAAAUCUCAGAGUUGCUAAGGAGAUUACCACGUGUAAUCUUGUUACUGCUUAAAACAAACGAUUGUUUACGAGCCGUCAGUCACACACUGUUGAAAGGGCCUUGUGUUGAAACCUUUUUGAUUACUGCACGAGUCUCAUCUGAAGUCGCUGCGGAGAGCAAAAACCUAGAGCAGAAGAGGGCUAUAUUGUCAGGGCUAAGCAGGUUAUGGGAGCGGAUGCUGCUUGAAGCUCGGUUUUUUCGCAUGAGAAUGGCUUUGUGGGUUCUACAGUUUAGAAAGGCGUUGUCUGGAUGAAAGCUCAAAGCUGGGAGUCACAUGGUUAUCUUCUGUGCAUACAUCUUAUUCUUGCUCCUCUCAGAUUUAUAUUAUGCUGUGUGAUAGUUGGUACCUUGCUGUAAUCAAUUUAUUUUACAUUUCAUGCAUAUUCAUCUUUCCAUGACUUUUGGAUCAAUUGAUCGACUCAGGAAGUAAGAUAUUAAAUAAAAAUCUCACAUUCUUAUUCUUA